AUGCCGGGGAAUCAUUGGCACUAUGUUGCUACGUCAGAAAACCCUGCAGAUCUAGCUACACGGGGCAUCUCGCCAUCGGAGCUGAGAGACCGACGCCUUUGGUGGUCGGGACCCCCAUGGUUGGGAUCCCCGUCAAGUGACUGGCCAAGUGAAAGUGAUGCUCAACAGGAAGUAAGCGAGGAGCGGCGCUCACACGCUACCACUCUUACUACUGACAAAAUCGACAAUGAUGUCCUUACACGAUUCUCAUCAUUUUCUAAAUUAAUUAGAGUUUCAGCAUACUGCCUCAGGCUGCUACGAGACGCUGAACGACCCCACGCCCUUCAUCUCACUGCAGAUGAACUGGCACGCUGUCGAUUGCGCUGGUUUCGCAUCGGUCAGCUCCAGGACUUUGCGGAGGAGAUCAAGGACCUCUCCCGCGGCUCCCAGCUGGCCCGUCGAUCCCCACUACUGUCGCUACGGCCCUUCCAAGGACAGGAUGGGCUGAUAAGAGUAGGCGGCAGACUUGCUCACGCACCGUUGGCCUUUGCCGAAAAGCACCCGAUUGUUCUCGCCAAAGAGAACCAUCUUUCGUUACUCCUCGUGCGCGAUGCACACAAAAGAACCCUCCACGGCGGUCCGCAGCUCACGAGGAGCGUGCUCUUUCGCCGUUACUGGAUUUUGCAAGCCAACUCGCUAAUUAGAUCCGUUGUAAAACAUAGUGUAAAAUGUGCUCGUUUCAGGGGAACCACUUCUCAACAACAGAUGGGCCAACUACCAGCGGAUCGAGUCAGACCGGCCCGACCGUUCUGGACCACUGGCGUGGAUUACGCUGGACCCAUCAAGCUUCGAAUUUCCAAGGGCCGCGGAUGCAAAGGCUACAAAGGAUAUAUCUGCCUAUUCAUUUGCAUGGUCACCAGAGCCGUGCAUUUGGAAGCCGUAUCGGAUCUCACAUCUAGCUCAUUCCUGGCCGCUUUUAGGCGUUUUGUGGCAAGGAGAGGCCGUUGUGCGUACCUGACUAGCGACAACGGUACCAAUUUCCGAGGGGCCGAGCGAGAGUUGCGGGACCUAUUCAACGCCGCUGCCGAUUUUUACAAGGAUUGUAAAGCCCAGCUGGCUCAAGACAGCACGGAAUGGGUUUUUAUUCCUCCCUCUGCCCCGCACUUCGGCGGACUCUGGGAGGCAGGCGUCAAGGCCACUAAGUACCAUCUCCGACGCGUCUUAGGAGAUCAAAUACUUACCUACGAGGAAUUGUCCACAUUACUUUGUCAAAUCGAGGCGUGCCUCAAUUCGAGACCGCUCUAUCCGUUAAGCAAUGAUCCAAACGAUUAUACUGCGAUCACCCCUGGGAACUUCCUUAUAGGAGAAAGCCCAGUCAAUGUACCGGAACCGCCCACCCUGACGGAUACCCAUGGGAGGGCUAACUCUAGGUCUAUUUUGAUUACUAAUCUACGUGAUCAUUUUUGGAACAGGUGGUCGCGAGAAUACCUUCACCAUCUACAACAAUUGGGUAAAUGGCGGCAACGCUCGGAAAAUCUACAGCCAGGCGCCCUGGUUCUCAUCAAGGACGACCUCUUGCCACCAGCCAAAUGGUCCUUGGGACGGAUCAGCGAGGUUCACCCCGGGGACGACGGAAUUGUACGCGUGGUCACGGUGGAGACGUCAACUUCAGCUCUCCGCCGCCCUAUCACCAAGAUCUGCCCACUUCCCAUCAAACCUGCAGACCUGACCGCGAACCACUCAGGAGAGCAACCUAAUUAA